GUUUGUAGUUGCUGUUAUGUGUAUGUCUAUGUGAGUGAAACACAAUAAUUUGACAGAGCCCAAUUUGCCAAUUGAAAUAAACCAAGAAGAAAUGACAAUUGAAGUGUGUAUGUUCCUAGUCAGUGUAUUAUGUCCCGCAGAUUUUCCGUAUACCUCAAGUCUUCUCUAGAGUGUACUUCAUUUUCAGUAUUUAUUUGUGUGUAUAGGUGUCCAUGAUAGUGCUUCAUCAAUUCAUGUUAUUUCCGAUCGGGAACGAAGGUUUUGGGCCCUCUUUCUGGCCCUCAAAAUGCAAAAUAUGGAAACAAACUCUAAUUCUCCGGCCGACCAGCCGACGAAUUUUCGUCCCGAGAAAUCUCCUCCAAUCGGUCAGCAUUCCCCACCCAUGAAUUAUGAAUCCCUGGAGAGAUUUUCCUGCAACACUCUAAAGCGAAAUCCAAAAAUGGAGUUAAGUAAACCUGAUCUUUUAAAAUUAUUGAGCUACUUUGAAGGGGAACUACAAGCUCGUGACAUUGUCAUUGCUACAUUAAAAUGUGAGAAAGUGAAGCAACUACUCACAGGAUCAAGACCAAUAGGCGUUGUAACAGCCAGUGAUCCACACAUUGCGCUUCAGCGGGACAAUUUUGCAGGCUCUAUCUCUUCUUCAAAUGAUGAAGCUCAAAUUUCUUCUCUUGCCGACCAGCAACUCAGUGCUCUGGAGAAUCUCAUCAUACAGCAAAAACUAUCUCAAAUUAGAAUCACAAAAGUAUUGAAGGAUAUGGAAUUAAGGCAUCAAAAGGAAAUAGAAAUGGUGCGCACUGAGAAAAAUUUACUCGAAAAGGAAGUGCGGAGAUUGAAAGAAAAUUCUGAAGAAGAAAAGAACCGUCAAAAGCAAAUAGUCCUGCUGCUUUUAGCUGAAAGAAAAAAAUUAGUCACGAAAUAUAUUGAAGAAAGAAAGCGAUCGGAAGAUCUUGCGCAAAUCUUGACCGAAGAAAAAGGACGAAUAGAUUCUAUGGCUGAAGGUUUGGAGGAAGAAAGUAAAAAAUCCUUGCAAAUGGAAGCAGAAUUGGAGAAGCAAAUAGCUCAAUUUGACACUGAAACUCAACAAUUAAAGGCUAGUCUUGCAAAAUAUGAAAAAAGGUGUAAGGAAUUAGAAACUGAAUUAGAACGCUCUCGAAAAGAGACGGCUGUAUUGAAUCUUAAACUUUGUGAAGCUCGUCAACAAACCCCUUCUUAUCCAACAAUUAGACCCAAUGUACCUGGGAGUAUUUCUCCUCCGCCUCCUGCUGCUCAUGCUACUAUGAAAAGCAGUGUAGCCAAAGUUGUGCAACCAACAGCAACUGUGUCAAGUGUUCCUGUCUCAGCUCCAACAACUGGUAUUGCAAGGAGCGUCAGUUCUAGCCAUGGAUUACAAACCACUGGCGUCAUACAGCCUGCAGCUCCCUCUCCUGAACCACCAUCUGCCGGAAGACUAAGAGUACUAGCACCUGAUGGCAAAGUAAUGACAGUACAAGGUUCUAAAACUUCACCUGUCCCAUCACCUGAUCCGGUUGCUACUGUAGGGCGUUUAAAUAUGGUUAAAAUGCCAGAUGGGAAAGUGAUGUCUGUCCAGGGUAAAAUCAAUGCCAUUGGACGUGGAACACCCCCGCCUGUCCCUCCAAAUAAACCUGUGGUACCUCCUAAGAAAGAUGCUUUGUUUGGUCGGAAAUUCGAAGAAUCUGAUUCAAAAUCUCCAUCCACCCUGAAAACAGUACCAGUGAUGCUGAAGGACAAAGUAUUACCUGAAAAAAGUGAAGCGCAGAAUUUGAGUAAUGGGACCGUGGCCUAAACUUCUGAUUUUCAACUUGAAUUGUUCUGGAACUGCUCACAAAACAUUCACAGUUGCUCCCGCAGUUGUUGGCUUAUCCAGACUGUUGGCUCCGCCAGGUAAUCUCUCAUCCAUCUGUACAUAUUCUUUUAAAAAUAUUUGACCUGAGUUGUCAAUGAGGUUUAUAUUUUUUUGACCUCCUUUUCUUUUUUUUUGUUCUUGUACAUUGUAUCUGAAAAAGAAGGAGUGACCUCAAAGGAUUGACUUCAUUAUGGUGUGGAUAGUAUGCUGUAUUACAGUUUCUUGUACAGUAUCUUUUAUCAAACAAAUUUUAGAUGCUCAUUAUGAAUAUUGAUAACCAUUAUAUUAGCUCUCUGUUGCUACCAAUUAUUAUUUAAGUGGGUAGAUUGACUCAAACGAAAAUCGGUUAUUAGUUCUUUUUGUAUUCUCCAAUUUGAUUAAAUCAUUUAUUGGAAUAAAGUUUUGGCCAGAAGUAUUUACCCAUUAUCACUGUCAUUCUUCUUAUCUUGAUGAUCGGAUAGUUUUAUUAUCACCAAUUUGUAAAUUAUUUUUAUAUGUUAUGGUUUUUUCUUUUAAAGUUUAUCAAUUUCAGUUCUUUACUGAGUUCAAGAUGUAUAACUGUUAUUUAAUGAUUUGCGAUGAGUCUGGCGACAAGUGAUAUUAUUUGAUCAUUAAGUAUUCAUAAUGGUAAAUUAGGUUGACGCUGUAUGAUUUAUCUUCUUUUUGUUGCUUAAUUAAUGAAAUUUUGUCAUUAUUAGUGUACCCUUUUUUCUUUCACAAUUUACUCCAAUUUUAUUUUUAUGUACUAUGUGUUUAAACUCCCUUCCUGGGUUCUGGUGUUUUACAUACAAUCGACUUCUAGACAUCGUUAGAAUUUAAUUUUCCUUCCACAAAACAGGUUCCUAAACAAAUUUAACUCAGAGAAUGAUUAACAAAUAAAAAGCUUCCAAAAUUUCCUCAUCAGUGAAAAAUUUUGAACCAUUGAGUUCGAACCUCCAGCUUGGAAAACAAAAAUCAACGUAGGUCAAUCUGGUCGAUGCAUACAAUUCAAUUCAUUUUGCAGAUAAUCAGUGUUCAAUCUGACAAUAUCUUUUCCUCCUCUAAUUUUCAAAACUUGUGAACCUUUAAGGGAAGUGUAGCAUGAAGAAAAAAUUAUUCAGUCACAAAACGUACAGAAAUUAGUUUAGAACUCAAUUCGACUUUGGUAGUUAGUGGUUUUUUUUUAGAGCAGAAACUUUGAAUUCAUGUAGACAAAAAUGCUAUAUCUUUACUUAUGAAUCCGACAAGAGCAAGAUAAAAUCCCUUCAAAACUUGUGUGAACUCAUAGAGUCUUGGGAACUAAUUAAUUGAUCUGAAUAAAUCUGGGUUAACGGUUGCUCACUGUUAAUAGUUAGCACUUGACUUGAUCCAAAACUAAGACUCUUGAUACUCGAUAACCAAGUAAAUAAAAUAAAAAAGCACCCAUGUGCGCAUAAAUUGUCAAUCUUCUAGAUCUCAUGUGUCCUUUGAACGUGGUUUUUGGAAGCUGUCUUGUGUGAUUUUUCUUAUAUUUUCACGACUCAACAUAUUUGAUACUCAACAUUUUAAAAAAAGGAACUACUUUCACGAAGUCUCUAAGGUACCAUUGACUCCAAUAACUAUAUUUGUCCUGCGUGUUUUAUUUCCCCCCCCCCCUCCCCCACCCCUACAUUUAUUUAUGAUUAUCAUUAUGUAUUAGGAUAGAUAUGACUGCUGUUUUUCAUGGUACUAAUGGAAAAACAUCCUGUUUCCCUUGGUUGCGCUCUGCUAUAAUCAGUUUGGUGCAAUACAUGCUCCCAUAGUUAUGAAAGUGUAAUCAUCGACUAAAAGUCUGAUCGAAGUUCCUUUUACUGCAACAUCACUGAAAUCGUCGCCCCGCUGACAAAAAAGCGAAACUCUACAUAUUUAGAUGAGCCGGGGAAAACAUUAAAUCAGAGUGAAGUUACGCUUAAAUGUCAGGAGGGCAACGAAAUGAUUCACAAAUACUCUUUAAUCCCCAUAGCUUGUAUCUUUUAAAUUAUAUUGUAUUUUGGUCUUGUUUUAAUAAACACUGAUCUGGAGUGUUAAAAAAUAGUAAGUAAAAUAUUCACGUAAUUUUGAUACAACUCAUGUGCAGGAAUAUGUAAGACAUAUUUUCAUUUUUCGAAAAAAUCAGAUAAGUUUAAAGUAUUACAAGACAUUUUGAAAGGAUUUUUCUCAUUUGAAUAAUUCGAUUUAGAUUAAUCUGGUCUUUUAUUUUUAAGUGUUAGGAAAUGUUUGCCUAUUUCCUGUUGCUACUUAUUAUUUAAGAUACUGGAGCUAAUAUCUUUUUUUUUUUUUAUAAUCUAGCAUGAUUACUGUUUUGAAGGUUUACUUCUUGUAUAAGGAUCUUGGAAAAGAACCAGCUCACUUUUUCAAAAUCCAUUUCACCAUAACCCUCUUGCGUCAGUGCAUUUUUUGCCAGAGAUCCUUUGUCCUUGAUCCUGAAAUCCUUUGUUUAAUAGUUACAAAAUGCAAUUUGAAAGUAAACUGUGCAGAUCCAUGAAAUCUUUCACCUCUUGAAUAGUCAGAGGAGGCAGAAAGAAUUUACCUUGAGAUCCCUAUCUGCUACUUUCAUUUUGCCAACGGUUGACUCCGGUUUAAAAAAUUCCUACUUUAGAUUUAUUUGUCUUCAUCAGUUUUGGUAAUUUUGUGAACCCUGUGUUUUUCUCUCUUGCUAAUGAUUUAAAGUUGUUGUAUUUCUAAUACAUAAAUAAGAGCUGCUGUUAAAAUGCUCAGUAGCACCUAACUGCAAUAGACCUCUGUCCUCUGAAAGCUCUUCUGGAACUAGCAGUACCUCAUUUUUUGUUCAACCCCAAGUUGCCACCCUUUCACUGGGUGUCCCGUUGUCAGUAUAAUGCUUUUUUACAGACUUUAUCCUUCUACCUCUUGCUCUGUAUGGCAAAUUUCACCAUGCAAAAAGAAAUUAAUAAGAUCAAGUUAAUUCCCAUUUUAGUGUCUCAAUUUAUGGUUAUUUCUUUACCCGGAAAAUUAAGCCGAGGUAUGGUGCCAGUACAUUGCUGAAAGAAACUAAGCAGCUUCAAAAACUAGAGCGAGUUUUAAGUUUUUAGGAACCAUGGAAAAUAAAAGUAAAUGAUUCUGUUUGCAAAAUAUGAACCAUUGGCAAGGAUAUCAUGUAAUAGGUAUUCCUGUUGAUCUAUUUUUUUUAAAAAAAACUCGAGAUGAGUUAAAAAUUUUGGUACGUUAAGUACAAUCGUCCCUCAACAAGCAUGUAUUGGAUUAACAUUUGUCAGCAUUCAAUACCUUAAUGUUCUAACUUCUAACUCAUGUCCAGCCAAACAACUUUUUUUCUGUAGUAAAGAAAUAAACUUUUUACAGAAAUCAUUGUAUCUUAUGAAGUUGGACUCCAUUUUAUCAUAUUUUUGUCUGAAAUUUCUAGUCGGUUGAAGUAGAUUUGUUAAGUUUAGAUAUUUUAGCCCUAUUAAAUGAUGCCCACAGCUUUUUGUUUUUAAAUCUCAAUAUUUUUUAGGGAAUAUGCUCAAAUAAGUGAAUUAAAAUUGAACAAUUAAAAAAAAUCCUACCUAUGCAAAUAACUGUCGAUAUAGAUCAAAAGCAUGUAAUAACCUCAGUAGUUUUUUGGCCAUCAAGUAUUUGUUUCUACAAUAGGCUAAGUUUUCUACAUUAUUGAAGCCAUGAAAAGAAGCUUCUGUUGGAAAAAACUAGUUUUUAGAUUGGGCUACUUUUACAAACGCCUUUAUAGAACUGAAUAUUAUCACGGCUAAGGUGAUUUUGAGUGAUCAAAGGACAAAAUUUAUCACUACACGUGCUGCUAUAGGGUCUGUAUCUUUUAGAGGCAAUAAUUACUAGAAUGCACAAGUUAAUGCAAGAAACUGAUGCACAAUGUGUAGCAACAUUGGAACUAAGUAUUUUGCAGUGGCGUGGCGUACAUUUAAACCUAUGGUAAAGGAUCAAUAAACAGGGCGUUAGCAACAAAUACCUUAAUAAUCGAAUCCUUACCACAGCAUUAAAUGAGGAGGUAUCAAUAAUCGAUCAUUCAAGCCUCGCCACUGGUAGUAUGCCUUUUUUGUGAGGAUUCAUAGAAAAUUUAUAUCAGAAUCACUGUAACAGACACAUAUUGACUCAAUGUGUAGGAUGAAAAUAUUAUUGCGCUACUUCUCUCUUACACAUUGAGUAAGUAAGCAACGCCCAUCAAGUACUACUCAGUAUUAGUGCUGCUACAUGCUGCUACAUUCUUGCAUUAACUUGUACACUUACAAUGCCUUUUACUUCACAAAGGCAUAGAACGUGUAGCAGCUCAACGUAGUGGUACAUUUCGUAUAAAGAUCACUUAGAAUCACUUUAAGUACCGAAUAAUAAGUAAAGUAGUCCUCUACAAGGAGUUAAGCUUUGCAUUUUCUGAAAAAACUCGGUGACAUAUCGAUGGCUAAAGUUGAGGAAUGUGUACCUGCAUUGGCAUACUCAUAAGCUCCAAGUCUGCUUUAAUUUCUUUUAAAAAUCCAGUCAAAAUUUCUCUUCGAAAUUUUCUGUGAAUCUGUUUGAAUGAGUGAAACAAAUUAAUAGAAAUAGAAAAAAAACGGUUGGUCAAUUUUUCUUUAAAAAAAAAAUAAAAUAAAUGAUGAGCGAAGAUUUGCCAUGUGUCAAUCGGAGAAUUUUCCUUUUUAUUUUAGUCAUCGAAUGUCUUCAGUAUUUCAUACUUACCGAAAAAAUGGGGUUAUUGUAAUACGUUCUCCUUAGAAGAACAUUUGACUCUUUUUCACUAUCAUCACACUUUUGUUUGUGUAUGCAUCUCACCAAUGCUGAAAACAAUAAGCUCCCUCUUUUUACAUAAUUUUUAUUUUGAAGUAUUAUUGCAGCUCGUACGUUUAUAAGAAAUAAAUUUGUAAAUAGUAUUUCAUAAUUCUCUUUUUCUGUUUCUGAACAUACCAGACUGUUUUGUAGAAUUGUAAAUGACAAUUUUUUCCUGUUUUGCCCAAAAUAUUUUUUACCGACAACAGACAAAUCUUGCUCCAUUUUAUUCCUCUAGAAUUUUAGCAGACUGAGGUUUUCCUAAAAUACUUUUAUCUCUUAGUACAGAGGCUGAGAGAUGAUAAUCUAUUAUUUUUCAUGCAUUAAUUUUCCAACCUGAAAUUUCACUGAGAACUUGUGUCUUCCAACUAUUUUUCGUUUCAUAAAAUUACUAGAAAAGCAUCUGCCCCAGCUGCAUGGUGGUUGUUGAAGUAUUUUAAUUUCUGCUCCAUUUGAAUUUUUCAAGGGUUUUUUAUGUCAGAAUGUUAGCAAGACACCGUUCUGUCAGCACUGAAGCUUUUAGUUCUCCAGCAUUUUUCUUAUGUUGGAUUAAAAUCUUUCAACAGCAUAGCAACAACAGACAUGAAAACUUAGGUAGGAGGUCAUGCCACACUAGCAGAAUAGGGAAAGUUCGGGAGUUCAUUUUAGACAUAACUACUAGCAUCAUCAUAUUCUUGCAAAAUUUUCCUUGAGAAUAGCCCUCUUGAAUAAAAAGUAUCUAAUUCUCGAUUAAUUCAGUAAAAGAGCUGAGCUGUCUUUUAGAAAUUGCGACUUAUUGAUUCAUCUCAAAUGUUAAAGGAAACAAUAAAGUGACGAGUAACAAACGUAUCAAACCUGACACCAAACCCAGAAAAAAAGUUGAAUAUAUGUGAUAAAAGAGUGCAUCACAUAUAUUUCCAGCAGCCUUCUUGCAUUUCAACCACAUGUGCUAGACUCUUGCAAUACUAGCACACUUAUUUUUCAAGGUUUCAUGUGUCAUAAUUAUCCUAUGACUGGAGAACAAGUCAACUAUCCCCAGAAAAUCGUACUGCUUUUUUACUUUUAAAAAUACUUUCUUCAAAACUGCAAUUUUCGCUAUGUGCCUUUUUACUGGAGAAGUCCUCAAUUUUUUGACACUACUAACAGUUCGUCAGACUUGCAAAUUAUUUUAAGCUGGCCUUGACUAUCCCUAGUUUGCAAAUUCUAUGAAAAGUUUCCUAAAUAAUUUGAAUAGGCCAGGUAUUUCAAAAACUGAAAGAAAAAGAGGAUUGCAUCUGAAAAAACAAGAAACAAAGUAGGCAAAUUUGUAGUCUCUUGGUUUUUUUGGCAAGCAUUACUGCAACUUGUGAAAUUCCAUUUAAAAAUGUGUAGUGUAACAUACUAUUCAACACUCAUCCAGCCUCGAAUGUCACAAAAGCUAUGGAAAAAAUUGACAUUUAUAUCUAUUCAUAUAAAAUAUUAAUGGCCAAAGUGAGGAACCUUCAUCGUGGUGCUUCAAGAUUUUGGCUUCUAUUUUAUUUUUGCUAAGAGAAACAAGCCUACCUAUCGCUUAAAAUUGAUAGACAAUAUUUUGCUGACAGAGAAGAAACAAGAAGAAAAUACACAAAAAAUUAUGCUGUCUAGUUUUCUUACAAAAGAAAUGACAGGAAGUCUUCAACUUCAUAAAAGGUACAUAGUGUUGCACUUUUGCCAUCGAUGAAUGAGUAACUGGCUCAUUUGAGAAUUUCAACAAAUAUUAAUUGCUAUAUUCUAGGUGGUAGUAGCUACCCAGGCCCAGUUCUUAAAAACUCCCGUGGAAAAGUUUAAGAUUUAAGUGGCUGCUGCCUAUUCAAUGUACCACUCAAUUCCUUGUAGUUCAGGUUUUUAAUGUUAGUUUUUUUCCCCUUUUAAAUGCGUUUCCAGCAGUAACUUUUUCCUCUAUUCCUAAUCUCAUCUCUAUUGAUUGUGAAGGAAGAAGUCAUUAGUAGCCCAACCUGAAGAGGUGUUACUCUCACAAAUUUGAAUACUUUGGUAUUUUCUGAAAGUGUGAGCAACUAACCAUUGUGUCUUUAUUUUGCUCAAUUCGCGCAGAACUGACAGAAGUGCAUUUUAUCUGUCAAAGAUUUUGCGAUUAAAGGAUCAAAUAUUAAAGAAGGGCCAAUAUUGACAGCUCAGAUCUAAGGCAGUACAUGUGAAUUCUUUUAUUCCGUCUGUCUUUUCUUAGUUUAUUAUUAUUUAUCAAAUUUUUGGCUGUUGCAUGUGAGGCCAAAUUACCCUUGUUACAUAAGACAAUAGGUUUGAAAAAAGUUACUAUUAUUUAUACCAAAUCCAACAGAAAUACGUCAACUUGCAUUUUAAAAAAAAUAAAUAAAUAAAAUGAAUCGAGAGUAGUUUUAAAUUCUACUAGUGGCACAUUCUUUCUCGUCAAAAAUUCAACGGUGAGAAAUAAUUUUUUUACUACAAAAAUAGUCGCUAAACUUCGUCUUUAACAUUGAGUCCUAUGAGGGUAUAAAACUUAAAACAUCUUAACUCUUGGUUCAAACUUAUUGCUACUUGAUGGGUCUCUGUUUAAGUCGGCGCAUUUUUCCUUGAAAUUUUCAGAUCCACUAGAUCUGAUUGGGAGUGAAAUUUAAAAAAAAAAAAAAAAAUCAAGGAAAUAAAUUCACAAACUCAAAAAUUGCUUACUUUUUCAGAAUACAUUUUUUUUAACAUAGCAAAGUAUGUAUGGGUAUUUGAGCAUUGCCUUCGGAAUCUGAAUCUCAAAAUGAUGAAGAACCUUAAACGAUAGAUUUUUAGCCACCUGAUUCAACCAAAUUAAAGUGAGACUUAAUUUUACCUUUUGUGCAGAAAUUAUGUAGCAGCUAUCUUUAAUGCUUUUGUAAAAUUGUAAAAUGUUAUUUUCCUCUCAUCCGUAACAAUAAUUCUACAUUGUGGGCACACCUGUAUUUCUAAUGAUCAAAUAAACAUCAGGUUCCUUUUUUUCUACAAAUUUUCAUUGGCACUGUGUAUCAUGAAAAAGAUUUGUGGUGGACUAUAUCUCGAAGACCCCUUUCUUUGAUCAUAUUGAGGUGAAUUCGAGGGUUAAAUGAGAUCCAAUACAAAGCCUUAUCUUUUUUGCUCUGGAACCUAUCCUGAGUUUUUCAAAGUUUCGUACAGGGAGAAAAAACAGUCCAAAAAAUCUUGAAACAAAAAGCCGUCCAGAAAUGAAAUACAUUGUCUCAAUCUCCUUAUUUCUCUUCUAAAUUUUUAUCAGAUCUGCCUCCUUCCGCAUAUUUUUUCCAAUGUGCCGGUAUUUUUGAAUCUGUUGAUCCCUUUUCCAUUCUCUUUGGGAUUGGUUACAGCUUCAAAAAAACUGAGCCUAGUCGAGCAUGAGACAGAGUUGUUUUUUGCACUUUACAAUUUUUAUUGAGCAAAUGAGUUCUUAAAAUGAUUGUACCUUUAAAAAUUUAGAGAUGAAAGGUAAGAAUCUUUCAUAAUUUUCAGAAAAAAGCUCUAAUGUAGUCAGUAAGUAAUUACUUCUAAUUAUUUCUAGUCAUUUUUGUUGAGACUAUUUUACUGCAUUUAAUUAAUUGGUGAAAAAUAGUUUUCAUUAUAUUGUACAUGUAUGCUAGUAUAAAAUUCUGUUCUUCCUGUCCCAACAUUUUAUUCUUACUAAUUUAUGAAAGUUAAGUUUACCACCUCGUAUAAAUUGAUGUUAUAUUCUUUUGGAUACCUAGUGGUAAAAUUAAAUUACCAUCUAAUUUGAAGGGAACGCUGCCAUCUUUUCCUUUAGUGGGUGCCCAUGUAAUUUUAGAAAGUACUCUGUAAAAAUACUCAUCUUAAAUUUUCGGAAAUUAGGUAAGUCCCUAGGUACAUCCCCCUGUCUUUUUUAAUUUUGUAAAUAAACCGGCAGUCUAAAUUUUACCGUGUACCUAGUUAUCUUGAACGCUUUGUCAAAUGCACCAAUUUACAUUUUCUUCAUUACUGUGAGAAUGUAUAGAUAGAACUCCAUACUUUUUCUGACAGUUAAACUCUUAAAGUAACUGCAGAGAAGUGCGCUCUGUUCAGUGUAGAAGUAAACCUCUCGUAAAGGCAUAGAUACAAUAUCUAAAUAUUGACGUAUUUCAUCAUGUAGAAGCAAUAUUCAUAGCCUGUAAGUUACCUCCGACCCACUUUAAUGAUAGGCACUUAUACGUACUGAGAGCUCUGUGACUUAGAUAUUUUAGUGAGACUUGUAAUUUUGUUUUUUAUUUUGACUAGGGGUACAGAACUGUCUACAACUGAAUCAGAUAAGUAUGUAGGUAAGUGAUAUUUGUAAACUAAAUUUGUAUUCAUUUUAGUACAUCCUAUAAAAAUGUAUGAUAAUUAAAGUA